UAAGCCGGGGCGCGUGGCCUUUCUCCCUUCACCAACCCCAUCAAGAAACGACCCAAGCAAAGCCACCAAUUGAUUGAAGCAAAGUCACAGAGCCUGCGUGCAAGAAAGCCUCGGCCACCGGAGCUGCUGCAGGUCUCCUAUCGAGUAUGGACAAGGUGCUGGCCUUCUCCAUCCUGAGCGCCUCGCCGGCCGACAUCGCCCCCGGCGCCGGCAAAGGCGGCAGCUGGGCCCGGCUCUCCUGGCGGGGGAGGAAGCUGCAGGAGGGCGACCGGGCAGGAGCAGAGCACCAAGGGAAGCAGGGAGGCCUGCCGCGGGAGGCAGAGCAACAGCCGGGCAAAGGGAAAUCGCAGUCGCCGUCAACGUUGCCGCCGCGGUUUGCGCCGGAGUUUGAUGGGAUCGACUGCUUCGAGACCAUCGUGUGCCAUUGAUCGCUGAUGAAUCGCGAUCUGCUCGUGGUCCAGCCGGGCGUGUGGCUACGUACUGAUUCUUUCUCCGUUUGUCGGCCGUACGAUCGGCGUGUUCAUACGUUUCUUAACUUGUGCUUCUAACUGAAGCCGGAUGCUGUACAGAAUACAGAGUUACCUGUAAACCAAGUUCUUCAUAUGGUACAAAGAAACCCAUUUCGCCGCGAUUA